CACUUUUACUGGCUCCACAAUCCUCCUGUAUGUGGAUGGGUCCUGGUUUCUUAGCCAUUGUCUCCUUUUUGCCCUCACUCAGAUAAGCCUCGUAGCAGAUAUGCUGUCAACAACACUGGAGAUCAUGCCGAGGACCAGGACGGUGACUCCAGAGUUCAGCUGAAGCAGCAGUUUGUAGCAGACCAUCCUUUUUCUUCAGAAAAUGGAGAGGUUUUCAGAUGUCAUUCUGGCAACAAUUUUGGCGACCAAGUCUGAAAUGUGUGGCCAAAAAUUUGAACUGAAGAUCGAUAACGUGCGUUUUGUCGGGCACCCGACACUCCUGCAGCAUGCGCUGGGGCAGGUCUCCAAAACAGACCCGUCCCCGAAGAGAGAAGCUCCCACCAUGAUUCUUUUUAAUGUGGUGUUUGCACUAAGGGCCAACGCGGAUCCCUCGGUGAUCAACUGCCUGCACAACCUUUCCCGACGAAUCGCCACCGUGCUGCAGCACGAGGAGCGCCGCUGCCAGUACCUCACUCGGGAGGCCAAGUUGAUCCUCGCGCUGCAGGACGAGGUGUCUGCUGUGGCCGAUGCAAAUGAUGGUCCGCAGUCUCCGUUCCAUCACAUCCUGCCCAAGUGCAAGCUGGCCAGGGACCUCAAGGAAGCUUACGACAGGUCACAUAUUCAUCAAGACUGAAAUUUAGAGCUUUGGUUUUGUCUCCUGCUGCACUCCGACCAGCUUCUCAUCCUGGCGGCAGGAUGCAUUUCAGCGACAGCCUUCCUCACAGAUGGGUUUACCGUAAGGUGCAUACAGGCAAAUAGUGAUCCACUGUCUCCCUUUACAUACUGGCAGCACACUGGGCAUCCCGUUAGCCUGUUGCCUUCUCAGAUAACAGUAUACCUUAGGCUUCUGCCUGUGCUGAUGAAUAAGAACUUUUGGGUUUUUUGCUGCAUAGUGAGCCAGCCCCCUCCCUUGGGCAUUUAUUUGGCUUCACGUUUUGCUGCUGUAAGACAUGCUGCCCACCCACAUGCAUGUGUGAUUGUGCAUCUGUACCCACACAUCCGUAACAUAAAUUCCUGAAAGUGGGGUUGCUACGGCGCAUAGGUAAAGUGCAUUUCCCUCUGUGGAGUAUGUGCCUCGAUCUACACUCCCACCAGAAGCACGUGAGAUACCUGUCAACAGCGUCUUGGUGAGCGUCUUGGUUUUAACCAAUGUAAG